AUGCUGUCCAGCUCGCUCCUCGCCCUCUUCUCCCUCGCAGCAACGGCCGCCGCAACCGCAAUCCCUCGCGCAGACACCACCUGCACAAACCCAGAGGUCCGCAAAGAAUGGCGUGAACUCACCACAGCCGAGAAAGCAGAGUAUAUCCGCGCCGCCGUGUGCCUCCGCAACCUCCCCAAAGCCAAAUACGCCGCCAUCGACGCCGUCACAACGCGCAUGGACGACCUUGUCUACACCCACUUCGCUCUCAACACCGACAUCCACUUUGUCGCAAACUUCCUGCCCUGGCACCGCUGGUACGUCAAGCUACACGAGGAUCUCCUCCGGUCCGAGUGCGGCUUCAAGGGAACGCAGCCCUACUGGGACUGGAGCAUCGACGCCGACGCGCUCGAUACGCAGCACUCCCCCGUCUUCGAUCCCGUCACUGGCUUCGGUGGCGAUGGCAAGCGCACAAGUAGCGACGUGCCGGGCUUUCAGCGGUGCGUCGUCGACGGUCCGUUUGCCAACACGAAUUUGACAUUGGCUAUGGGGUGGCCUGAUAUGAACACGCCCGGAAACCGACUGCACUGCUUCACGCGCGAGUUCAACGGCGGCGAGGGUAAUGACGCGAAUGGCGAUCCUAUUAUUGGUGAUAUGCAGGCGGGAGCAUACAACUCGAGGACCAUGAGCACCAUCUACGGUUUCGACAGGUUCCCCGAUAUGGUCUCCAUGCUCGAGGGACUGCCGCAUGCGCAGAUUCACAGCAUCAUCUUUGGCGACAUGGGUCCCGCCACCUCGCCCAACGAGCCUCUCUUUUUCCUCCACCACGGCAAUGUUGACCGUGCCUGGGCCAAGUGGCAAGGCCGUAACGCUACCCGCCUCGCCGAUUACGCAGGCUUCAACAACGCGGACAAGACCAUCUCCGCCUCCAUCACAGAUACCAUGCCCGUUUUGGAACUCGUCGACGUCGAACCCGUUGUCAAGGAUUACAUGGACACCCUGAGUGGCCCUCUCUGUUACACCUAUUCAUCUAUGUAA